GGAUCCGGCAGAAAUGGUGAGCUGAGGGGUUAGGAGGGUGACAUUCCAGGAAGGGUUGUUCUGCAAUCAUGGUGUCAGAAAGAGAAGGGUACGUGAAAGAAGUGGCACUUGAACUGGGCUUUAAAUAUCUAGUGCUGCUGCCUCGUUUUACAGAGGAGGAACUGAGGCCCAGAGACGGAUAGUGAUUUGCAGCAAGUUCACCCAAGCUACUAGAACUACUCCUUCUAGGCCUCCUAUUUAGCCCCCUGCUUCCAAGGGAGGCAGCUUCUCUGGCCCUGGGGUAUCCCUUUCGAUUCACCACCUCUCUGCGUCUUUCUAAUGGGACAUUAGUAUGGUCGGGGCAAAAAGGGCCAGUAUCUCCGAGAUGGCCACAGGAACAGACCAGGUGGUUGGCUUUAGUCUGGUGGUUUUCAGCCUCGUGAUCUUUACCUACUACACAGUUUGGGUUAUCAUUCUGCCCUUCAUUGACAGUGAUCACAUCAUCCACAAAUACUUCCUGCCCAGAGAGUAUGCCAUCAUCAUCCCCUUAGCAGCUGGUCUAUUCUUGUUGUUGUUUGUGGGACUGUUCAUCACUUAUGUAAUGCUGAAGAAUCGGAAGCCAGCCAAGAAGGCAAACUGAAGGAGGAGGCUUAGUCAGCUCUGGGGAGGAAGCUGGAGGUCAGAUCUUGGACUCUGUGUGUUACAUCCUGCUCUGCCCCCAUCAUCCUCACCACCUCCUCUCAGGCCAGAGGAAGGUGAAGUACAGGUGCACUCUCCAUCUCAGGAAACAGCUGAUGAGCCUCAGCAUCCCAAAUGCCCUGUGAAAGAGUUACAUUUUGGUCCUUUGGAGUUGAAUUCCCUAUGUGACUGACCUCCCUGAUCUUGGGAUCCAGCCCAUGUGGGAGGUGCAAGAGGAGGGCAUUCCAGCUUUUCUACCUCAGCCCCUAUCCCAGUUUUAUGGGUGAAAGUGAUACCAACCUCCAUCCCUCUCUCUUAUUCCUCCCAGGCUCUGCAAAUGAGCUUUUCAUUCACAUUCCUAUAGGUCUCUUUCCUUCUUUACCUCCUGCUCAGUGCAAAGGCAACUUUCCAGAGGCUGACACAACCAUGGGCUCACCCAGGUUAAGGUGUCCUGGCCCUAAAUUCCUGACCCUAAAUUCACUUCCCUGGGAACAAGACCAGACUCCUCCCAGGUGAAGGGGUCUAAGAGAGGGAAAUGCUCAAUUCCGGCUUUGUGGACCAAACUGCUGGCACUGUGAUGUGUAUAGACCUGAUUGAUAAUGUCUCUCCAAUGUAUUGUGCCCAUCUGACCUCCAUGUGUCCCCUAAACCCUACCACAGCUCCUGUGCUACUAAGCUUCCAGCUUCAUCUGUGGGAUUCAAUAAAUAUUUGAUACAUGUCCAUCAAGGUCAUCCCUCCACAUCCCCCCAUACCCCUGGUCAGUGUUCUCAGUAGAAGUAAAGUUUGAACCCUGCUGGGCUUUGUAGCUCAGAGCAGGGUAAAGAGUGGUCAGGAGGUAGAGAUUCUUCUCAUCUUAGAAUCUCCUCUCCACCCCAGGCUGUAUCUAUAGCCCUAGAAGUGUUGGGAGUGGAACCCAACUGUCCAAAGAGCUGUCUGACAUCUUCAGAGAUGACCUGGGGUUUUUCACUGAUCCUGAGGAGAGAAGCAUCAAUGGGCUUGGCUCUUUCGAGUGGGCCCCAGCCUUUGGUGGGUUUUUUAAUUAAAAAUUUUUCAGUUAAGUAAAACGAGGCAUCUUUCCCUCCUGCCUUCUUCCCAAGUUGGAAAAAAAACUCAAAAGAAUAGAAAAAAAACAUCCUGGUAAUAUGUUUAUUCAAGCAAAACAAUUCUUGAAUUGGUCAUGUAAAAAAAAUAACAUAUAUGUCUCACUCUGUACUCUUCUAUCAGGAGGUGGGGGGCAUGUUUCAUCAGGCCCCUUCUGGAAUCAAUGCUAUCAUUCAAUAAGGUUUUAUUUAUGAGGAAGAUUAAUAUUGAAUUGCAUUAUUUAUUUGUAAUAUUUCUGUGUGAAAUCAUUAGCCCCCUUAGCCUUCAAGGUCAGACUGAAACAGUCUGUUUCCAAGCUAAGGUUGGGGACCUCUUCCAUACCUCAAGCAAUCAAACUGGGCUGAGAACUUUUGUCUUUUAAUGAGACCUUGAAAGGAUUAAAGGCAGGACUGGUCAGUCAUGGUUAACCCUGAUCCAUUUGAAAGUAUGCUAGCAAAGACCCAUCUCCCUAGUGGUGAAGCAGUGACGGAGGAAUUGAUUCUUAAGUUCACCUCCUCAUUAACUAUUUGCCAGUCAGAGAUGGUUUGAGCAGUCCAGGGGAGGUCAGGGCACAAAGGAACUUCCUGGUUUUUUAUUUUUGAGAUCAUAGUCACCAAUGCAUUGUUUAAAUGUUAGACUCACCAAUAAAUUGAUAUUCUUACUCUAAAA